CAUGCUCUAUCCCCCACUAUUGAACAUCACCUUUUCAGCGCGAGCGCAGUGGAAAGGGAGAGAAGUCAACGCUGCGCACUCCAGACCAUAUACAUCCGGUCAGACUAUUGUGCGAUAGCCUAUACCUAGGCUACAUAUGGUUGAUUGACCAAGCUUUUAACAUUUUUCUUUAUUCACCCUAGGACAACAUAUUUUAAUAUAUUACUAGGCCUAGGCUACGAUUGUGAAUUUGACAGACCAGGCUACAUUCGCAUCAACACCGCGUUUUGAUCCUAAAGGAUGGCUGAAGCAGAACUACAGGCGUUUACGUCUAUGAUGGACGCACUCGUUCAAAUCAGCUCUAACACAAAGAGUAUGGAGCGGGAGCUGCAUUGCCCGGUGUGUACUGAGAUGGUGAAGCAGCCCAUCAUCCUGCCGUGCCAACACAGUGUGUGUCUGCUGUGUGCUGCUGAGGUGUUAAUCCAGAGAGGAUACCCUCCCCCAGACCUCCCCCCAGAGCCCAACUCCCCGGCUGCCUCCCCCAACACACGCUCCCCGCGCGGGGCACGCAGACCCCCGCCCAAGACCACCGACCGCCUGGACCGCGUCCUCAGACCAGGUUUUGGGACGUACCCCGGGCGUCGUCGUAAGGACAUGUCUCCUGCCCCCAUGCUGUUCCCCUGUCCGUCCUGUCACAAGGAGGUGGAGCUGGGGGAGAGAGGACUGACCGAUUGCCUCAGGAAUCUCACCUUGGAACGCAUCGUAGAGAGGUACAGACACACAGUGAGCCUGGGCAGCGUGGCUAUAAUGUGUGGCUUCUGUAAGGCUCCUCAGUCCUUGGAGGCCACUAAGGGCUGUGCUGACUGCAGGUCCAACUUCUGCAACGAGUGUUUCAAGCUCUACCACCCCUGGGGAACGCUCCGCUCCCAGCACGAACACAUACUGCCCACCAACAACUUCAGACCCAAUGUCCUAACGUGUCUGGAGCAUGAGCAGGAGAGGUUGUUGUGGUACUGUCGCUCCUGCCAGAGACUGCUGUGUCCUCUCUGUAAGCUCCGCAGAGUCCACCACGGCCACAAGGUGGCACCCAUCGCACAGGCCUGCCAGGCACUAAAGGACAAAAUCACCAAGGAGAUCAACUACAUUCUGGCCAAUCAGGACACAGUAAAGGCUCAGAUAACUCAACUGGAGAGUGCCAUCACACAUAUGGAGUUGAACAGUGCGUUGGCGAGGGAGCAGUUGUCCCAGUCUGUGAGGGAGCUGGGGGCGUCUCUAGCUGAGCGACAGGGAGCGUUGACCCUGGCCCUGGAGGGGGCCCGGGUGAGGAGGGGGGAGGCCCUGUCGGCCCAGGUGUCUGAGAGGAGGGGUCUGCAGGAGGACGGCGGGUUAAUGGCCUACACACAGGAGCUGCUCAAAGAGACCGACCAACCCUGCUUUGUACAGGCCGCACGAAUCACCCACAACAGGCUGGUGAAAGCGAUAGAGAAUCUGCAGUGUUUCUCUCUCUCGGCUGAUCCCUCCUUCAGACACUUCCACAUGGACGCCUCCAGAGAAGUGAAACUCAUCAGCAACAUGGAAUACAUAAGAGCCCCAUUGGCUCCUGUGAUUGACACUCAGCGGACGCUGGCCUAUGACCAGCUGUUCUUGUGCUGGCGACUCCCCCAGGACUCCGCCCCUGCCUGGCACUUCUCCGUUGAGUUCCAGCGGCGAAUGGGAUUGACCGAGGCAGGCUGGGGAGGAGAGGUCAGAAGUCCCAAUGCUCCAGUGGCGUGGCAACGCCUGGAGGAGGUGGGCGGGACUAGUGCUGUGAUUGACAGGCUGGAGAUGGACAGUGUGUACGUGUUAAGGGUGAAAGGAAGCAAUAAGGCGGGGUUUGGAGAGUACAGCGAAGAGGUUUACCUGCACACACCACCCGCACCAGCUCCCUUCUGCAGGCCGCCGACCGCUCCCUCACUUCCUGUCACCUGACCUCUGACCUCCUCAUAGGCGACCUGGCCAUCACCCAGGGAAGGCACUACUGGGCAUGCUCGGUGGAGCCCGGCUCCUACCUGGUCAAGGUGGGAGUUGGACAGGAGGCCAAGCUCCAGGAGUGGUUCCACCUUCCCCAGGACAUGACCAGCCCCCGCUAUGACCCAGACAGUGGCCAUGACAGUGGGGCUGAGGAUUCCCCAGACUCCUCCCCUCCCUUCUGCUUCCUCACCAUGGGCAUGGGCAAGGUCCUCUUACCCCAGGGGGCAGCAAACUUACACCACAGUACCCACAGUACCCAUGGGAACAAUCAUGGCCCCCCUACUGCCCCCCUGCCCCCGCGCCUGGGGGUUUGUCUGGACUUCGAGAAGGGACGGGUCACGUUCUACGACGCCCACUCGCUGCGCACCCUGUGGGAGGGGCAUGUGGAUUGCUCUGCCCCUGUGUGCCCAGCCUUUUGUUUCAUUGGUGGAGGGGCACUGCAGCUGCAGGAGCUGGUGGCCAAUCGGAGCACAGAGGAGCCACCGCAUAGAAGGGUCACCAUCCAAUCACGCGCCACCAAUUUAGGUAACUGAAGAAGUAUGGAGUGGAAUGAUGUGGAAAGAACCUUUAUCAACUUGAUGUUUACUUUUUUAUGUGUAGGUUUCAUUUGUAAUGUCUGCCACUGUUGAUGAUGUACAUUAUGCAGAAUAGAAGAAUGUCAAUGUCCCGGAAUCCAGUGGAUUGUAAAGCGUUCUGCAGGUUACAUCAGGGUGUAUUCUGCUGUGAUUCCAACUGUUACUGUUAAUGUGUUGCAUCUGAAAAGGACUCAUGAGUGGAACGUUUAUUGUUAAAGGACUCAUGGGUGGAACGUUUAUUGUUAAAGGACUCAUGAGUGGGACGUUUAUUGUUAAAGGACUCAUGGGUGGGACGUGAACUGUUAAAUGACUCAUGAGUGGAACGUUUAUUGUUAAAGGACUCAUGGGUGGGACGUUAACUGUUAAAUGACUCAUGAGUGGAACGUUUAUUGUUAAAGGACUCAUGGGUGGGACGUUUAUUGUUAAAGGACUCAUGGGUGGAACGUUUAUUGUUAAAGGACUCAUGGGUGGGACGUUUAUUGUUAAAGGACUCAUGGGUGGGACGUUUAUUGUUAAAGGACUCAUGAGUGGGACGUUUAUUGUUAAAUGACUCAUGAGUGGGACGUUUACUGUUAAAUGACUCAUGAGUGGAACGUUUAUUGUUAAAGGACUCAUGAGUGGGACGUGAACUGUUAAAUGACUCAUGAGUGGAACGUUUAUUGUUAAAGGACUCAUGAGUGGGACGUUAACUGUUAAAUGACUCAUGAGUGGAACGUUUAUUGUUAAAGGACUCAUGGGUGGGACGUGAACUGUUAAAUGACUCAUGAGUGGAACGUUUAUUGUUAAAGGACUCAUGGGUGGGACGUUAACUGUUAAAUGACUCAUGAGUGGAACGUUUAUUGUUAAAGGACUCAUAGGUGGGACGUGAACUGUUAAAUGACUCAUGAGUAGAACGUUUAUUGUUAAAAGACUCAUGGGUGGGACGUUAACUGUUAAAUGACUCAUGAGUGGAACGUUUAUUGUUAAAGGACUAAUGGGUGGGACGUUAACUGUUAAAUGACUCAUGAGUGGAACGUUUAUUGUUAAAGGACUCAUGGCUGGGACGUUAACUGUUAAAUGACUCAUGAGUGGAACGUUUAUUGUUAAAGGACUCAUGGGUGGGACGUUAACUGUUAAAUGACUCAUGAGUGGAACGUUUAUUGUUAAAGGACUCAUGAGUGGGACGUUUACUGUUAAAUGACUCAUGAUUGGGACGUUUAUUGUUAAAGGACUCAUGAGUGGGACGUGAACUGUUAAAUGACUUGUGAGUGGGACGUUUAUUGUUAAAGAAGUCAUGAGUGGGACGUUAACUGUUAAAUGACUCAUGAGUGGGACGUUAACUGUUAAAUAACUUGUGAGUGGGAUGUUUAUUGUUAAAUGACUCAUGAGUGGGAUGUUAGCUGUUAAAUGACUCAUGAGUGGGAUGUUAGCUGUUAAAUGACUCAUGAGUGGACGUUAUCUGUUAGGACUCAUGUUACCUGCACUUCACAUAGAUCUUAUUGUUUGAAACCAAACCAAAAUGCUCACAUUGUGGAAGAUUCUCUCAUAAGCUUCAAAAUAGUAUUACAAAUCAAGAUGGUAUAAAUAUCUAUUCUAUAUUUUGAGACAAAAUAGAGAUUAAUGGCAUUUACACAUUAUGGAUAGAAAGGAUUUUGCAUAAAUCAUGUGUUGAUGUCAAUGAGAAGAUUUAGGAUGUGUGUGUAUUCACCUGAAUUAAAAUUAUAAUACUUAUUUUGUCAUUCUCAUCUGAGCUGGCUGAAUAUUUAUACUGUUUUAUAGCUUUUUAUUCAUUGCUUUUAUGAUUAUUAUGACUGGCAAUAAUACAUUUUUACUCAACAGAUUAUUAGUAAAAAGAUAGAUCUUACAGUGUCGAGGCUCAGACUGUCAGUAUUCAUAAAGUAUAUUGAAUGUGUGUGUGUGAGAGUGUGUAUAUUUACUUGAAUGCAUGUGUGUAUGUGUGUGAGAAAGAGUGAGAGACAGAGAGAGGGAGAUAUAUAUAUAUAUAUAUAUAUAUAUAUAUAUAUAUAUAUAUAUAUACAGAACGUGUCAAAAGUUUAUUUUUACUAUUUUCUACUAUUGUAGAAUAAUAGUGAAGACAUCAAAACUAUGAAAUAACACAUUUGGAAUCAUGUAGUAACCAAAAAAGUGUUAAACAAAUAUAUUUGUGGAGGCCAGGUCAUCUGAUGCAGCAGUCCAUCAUUCUUGAUCAAAUAGCCCUUUCACAGCCUGGAGGUGUGUUGGGUCAUUGUCCUGUUGAAAAACAAAUGAUAGUCCCACUAAACCAGAUGGGAUGGCGUAUCGCUGCAGAAUGUUGUGGUAGCCAUGCUGGUUAAGUGUGCCUUGAAUUCUAAAUAAAUCACAGACAGUGUCACCAGCAAAACACCCCCACACCAUCACACCUCCUCUUCCAUGCUUCACGGUGGGACCAGCACAUACAGAGGUCAUCUGUUCACCUACUCUGCUUCUCACAAAAACACCAGUUGGAACCAAAAAUCUCAAAUUUUGACUCAUCAGACCAAAGGACAGAUUUCCACCAGUCUAAUGUCCAUUGCUCGUGUUUCUUGUCCCAAGCAAGUCUCUUCUUCUUAUUGGUGUCCUUUAGUAAUGGUUUCUUUGCAGCAUUUCGACCAUGAAGGCAUGAUUCACGCAGUCUCCUCUGAACAGUUGGCUUUGAGAUGUGUCUGUUACUUGAACUCUGCGAAGCAUUAUUUGGGCUGCAGUCUGAUGUGCAGUUAACUCUAAUGAACUUAUCCUCUGCAGCAGAAGUAACUCUGGGUCUUCCUUUCCUGUGGCGGUCCUCAUGAGAGCCAUGUCUUAAAGUCAUGAUGGACUGUCGUUUCUCUUUGCUUAUUUGAGCUGUUCUUGCCAUAAUAUGGACUUGGUCUUUUACCAAUAUCUGCUGUAUACCCCCACCAACCUUGUCACAACACAACUGAUUGGCUCAAAUUGAAGGAAAUCAAUUCCACAAAUUAACUCUUAAUAAGGCACACCUGUUAAAACCUCUUUGUGCUAGACGUGGCGCUAGCGACCCAACUCGACAACAUCCGGUGAAAUUGCAGAGCGCGAAAUUCAAAUGAUAGAAAUAGUAAUAUUUAACAUGAAUGAAAAUAUAAGUGUCAUACAUUAAAAAAAAGCUUAACUUCUUGUUAAUCCAGCCGCUGUGUCAGAUUUCAAAAGGCUUUACGGCGAAAGCACACCAUGCGAUUAUCUGAGGACAGCACCCCACACACAAAAUAAUUUAAAACAUUUUCCAACCAGGCAGGUGCGCCACGAAAGUCAGAAAUAGCGAUAAAAUAAAUGCCUUACCUUUAAGAUCUUCUUCUGUUGGCACUCCAAAAGGUCCCAGCUACAUCACAAAUGGUCCUUUUGUUUGAUAAAGUCCUUCUUUAUAUCCCUAAAAACUCAGUUUAGCUGGCACGCUUCAUUCAAUAAUCCACUGGUUUCCCUCCUUCAAAAUGCAUACAAAAUUAAUCCCAAACGUUACCAAUAAACUUCUCCAAACAAGUCAAACAACGUUUAUAAUCAAACCUCAGGUACCCUAAUACGUAAAUAAACAAUACAAUUUAAGAUGGAGAAUCGUUAUUGUCUUUACCGGAGAUAAACAACAAAGUACGCGCUCUUAUCCACGUGCAUGAAAACACUACAGCGAAAAUGGGAGCCACUUUAAAAAACUACAAAUUCUAGCUAAUUUUUCCAAAAACAAGCCUGAAACUCUUUCUAAAGACUGAUGACAUCUAGUGGAAGUCCUAGGAACUGCAAUCUGGGAGGUUUUCCCUUCAUAUUAAACAUGACAGACAUUAGAAUCAGUGGUGGGCUGAAUUUCUUUUUUUCUGGAUGGUUUGUCCUCGGGUUUUUGCCUGCCAUAUCAGUUCUGUUAUACUUACAGACAUUAUUUGAACUGUUUUAGAAACUUUAGAGUGUUUUCUAUACAAAUCUAUCCAAUUAUAUGCAUAUCCUAGCUUCUGGGCCUGAGUAACAGGCAGUUUACUUUGGGCACGCUUUUCAUCCAGGCAUCAAAAUACUGCCCCCUAGCCCAAAGAGGUUAAUUGAAAUGCAUUCCAGGUGACUACCUCAUGAUGCUGGUUGAGAGAAUGCCAAGAGUGUGCAAAGCUGCCAUUAAGGCAAAGGGUGGCUACUUUGAAGAAUCUCAAAUAUAAAAUAUAUUUUGAUUUGUUUAACACUUUUUUGGUUACUACAUGAUUCCAUAUGUGUUAUUUCAUAGUUUUGAUGUCUUCACUAUUAUUCUACAAUGUAGAAAAUAGUAAAAAUAAAGAAAAACCCUUGAAUGAGUAGGUGUGUCCAGACUUUUGACUGGUACUAUAUAUAUAUCAGUAGAGCCUGCUGAGGGGAGAACGACUCAUAAUAAUGACUGGAAUUAAGUGAAUGGAAUGGUAUCAAGAACAUGGUUUCAUGUGUUUGAUACCACUCCAUUCCAGUCGCUAUUAUGAGCCGUCCUCCCCUCAGCAGCCUCCACUGAUAUAUAUCUAGAGAGAGUCCAGUCCAGUCCAAUCUGUUGCUCGGAGGUCUGGCUGUAACAACCAUGCUUUCUGUUCUGUCUGUGCUGAAUGAUCUGGUUGUAAAAUACAGUUGUCUUAUACCUUACAACACUUGAAUGACUUUAGACUGUAGCAUCUCCCUCAUUUAGACUUUGCCAUGCUGGCAGAAUGUUUGUAAACGUCAUGAGAAAAAGGAAUAAACAAUUCAACAGUU